AGAGAAGGCUGCGAACUCUCUGUACAUUCCUUCCUGUAAACCCCCUUACCUGCACGCAGCUUUUGCUGCUAAUACUCCGUGAGCCCACCGGGAUAAUCCCAGCAGCUCGAGUCCCACCUGUACAGAAAACUUCGCGAGCUCCGCCGACCGCGUCUCUCUUUUUAUGCUCACUCAUUCAGUCUCUCUGCUCUUCUCGUCUCUUCUUUGGCUCUUAAGCACUCUCCUAAGCGUUUCGCUGCAGGGAAUCCUAGUUUAGACUAACUUUUGGCGUUCAAGUCAUGAGAUCUAAUUAACAUUCUGAGGAAACAUGUGCUCGAUUUACCAAGUUAUGCAAGCAGAUGUCGUGCCCUGCACACAUUACUAAAACUUCUAAAGAAAGCUGGAUGAGCAGUUUGGAGAACUUGGUUUUUAUCUUGGUAUCUGGAAUUGUGUUGUGAAACUUGAGAACUGGUGGCGAAACAUUUCUGAGCUCUCUGUCUCAACUGUGAAGCUUAUCAGGCCAGAUGUUGCUACAAAGAUGGCAGACAUGCAUAUUGUUGCUCAUCUUCAUAUUCUUCGUAAAUUCAGGUGCAUCAGGUGCAUUCGUUGGGGUUAACAUUAGGACUGAUGUUUUCAACUUGCAAUCAGCAGAAGGUAUAGUGUCAGUUCUUCAGGCUCAGCAGAUCAAACAUGUACGCCUGUUUGAUGCUGACCACCAGAUGUUGAACGCCCUUGCAAAUACUGGAAUAGAGGUUAUGAUUGGGAUUCCCAAUGACCAGCUACCAGUGAUUGGAAAUUCCCAAGAAGCAGCAGCAGAUUGGAUCAACAAAAACAUUGCAGAUUUUCUUCCUGCAACAGAUAUUACUUGUAUUGCUGUGGGUAAUGAAGUUCUCACCACUACCCCUGAUGCAGCACUCCUGUUACCUGCCAUGCAAUUCCUUCACUCUGCUCUGCUUGCUGCUGACCUUCAUUACCAAGUUAAGGUCUCGAGUCCUCAUUCCAUGUUAAUGAUCCCUAAAUCUUUUCCUCCAUCCACAGCUACUUUCAAUUUGAAGUGGAACUCCCUCAUGCAUCAGUUUCUCCUGUUCUUGAAGAAUACUGAUUCUUCUUUCUUGUUUAAUGCCCAUCCAUACUAUGGUCAUACCAAAGGAGAGGAUAUCUUCACCAUUGACAAUUCUCUCUUCCAGUCCUUCCCUUCAAACAAGCAGAUUAUGGAACCCAAGACACCACUAAACUAUUCUAAUACAUUUGAUGCUAUGGUGGUUGCUGCUUAUUAUGCCAUGCAAGCACUUGAUGUUUAUGGCAUUCCAGUUAUUGUGACAGAAUUUAGGGGGCCAAGGCUUGAUGGCCCCAAAGAGCCUGAUACUAUGGUGGAUAAUGCAUUGGUAUAUAAUAGCAAUCUUAUUCGUCAUGUACUUGAUGAUUCUGGCACACCAAGCCAACCAAAUACAGCAGUUGGUGCAUAUCUGUACGAGUUGUUUAAUGAGGGUCUCCAACCGGGGCUUGUAUCUGAAAAGAACUGGGAGGAUAUGUCUUCGAACAGGAACACUCUGUACUCUCUAAGAUUUGCAAGUCUAGCAGAUGCUGGCACUAACUUGCAAGGCUUAGUGUUCUGUGUGGCAAAUUCAAGUGCAGACACUGAUGCAUUGACACUUGGCUUGAAUUGGGCUUGUGGGCCUGGUUCAGCAAAUUGCAGCGCUAUACAGCCAGGUCAACCUUGUUAUGAAGCCAACGAUUUGGCAGCCGUUGCUUCUUAUGCCUACAAUGAUUACUACCAAAGAAUGAAAGCAAAUGGUGGGACCUGCGACUUUAAUAACACAGCCAUGCUCACAACUUCUGAUCCUAGCCAUGGUUUGUGCAUCUUCACAGGAAGGGACAGCAUAGCACCAAACCCGAGUCCGAGCAACAGUACAACUGUAAGUCCUGGUAGUGCUGGAUCGGGCGGCAGUAUUGCACCAUUAAGCCCUUUUGACGGUGUUGCAAAGCUGCAAGUUCUUAAGAUCACCUAUCUAAUUCCAGUGAUAUUGUACUUAUGGUUUGACAUGUAGAGAAUAUUGGGCACCUCUCCAAUGUUUCCAAGAGAGAGUACCAUUUAAGGCAGGGAGUGCGCUCGCCAUGUGAUUAUGAGCUUUCAGAGAUAUGGCAUUGAUAGCUUGUUUUUCAUCUCUUCUAGAUAGUUAUUUAUUUUUCUCUGUUUUUCAUUUCCUUCUUUCAUUUUUUUUUUCUUUGUUUCAUCUAUGAUUUGAUGAUGUACUAAUGUGUUAAAUUAAGAUCUAGAAAUCUGCUUAAUUUUCCUGUAAUUAAUAAUACCAGGAAUAAAGUUCUCGUAGAACUAGA